AAAGUCGCAGCACGUCGGACACGCAUGCGCCGUUCCUCCGGUUUGCUGCGUCUCCCUGGGUUGGUUUGAGGUGGUGUCAAGCUAGCAGCCAGUACCAUAAGAAAUACCAGCAGUUAGGGCACAUUCAACAUAACGUCGCUUUAUUAAUAAUUAUUGUGCAAUUUUAACUCGACAUUAAUGCACACAAUCACGUAUUACAGCAAAGAUUUUCCACCGAAAAGUCAGCAAGAGCAGGAGACGGCAGCCUGACGCUCGUCAUCUCGACGGACGCUGCCUUGGAAACGACAUAAAUCCAGUCCACGCAGCUGGGUUGCGAGCAGGGACCCAGAUUUCGACACUUCAAAGGCUUCUCUCCUCCUCUUCCUCCUCCUCCUCCUCCUCCACCACCUCUCUCUCCAUCCCUCCAUCGAGCUGCCGAACAUGGACGACCUGGAAUGAAAUGCGGAGCCGCAGAGAAGGGACGAGGGGAACCAUUUAAAUCAGCGAGCGAGAAGAAGAAGGUGACAGGAGGGACGGCAGACAGGAGUAGACCAGCAUGCCGCUGGUGAAGAGGAACAUUGAGCCCAGGCACUUGUGCCGUGGAGCCUUGCCAGAUGGGGUGACCAGUGAACUGGAGUGCGUUACCAACAGCACCCUGGCGGCCAUCAUCAAACAGCUGGGCAGUCUGAGUCGCCAUGCCGAGGACAUUUUCGGAGAGCUGUUCAACGAAGCCAACAGCUUCUACCUGAGGAUGAGCAGCCUGCAGGAGAGAGUGGACCAGCUGGCCGUCAAAGUCACCCAGCUGGACUCCACGGUGGAGGAAGUCUCCCUGCAGGAUAUUAACAUGAGGAAGGCCUUUAAGAGCAGCACCAUCCAGGACCAGCAGGUGGUGUCGAGGACCUCCGUCCCCAACCCUGUGGUGGAGAUGUACCACCGCUGUGACAAACCUCCUCCGCUCAACAUUCUCAGCCCCUACAGGGACGACAAGAAGGACGCUCUGAAGUUCUACACUGACCCCUCGUACUUCUUCAACCUGUGGAAGGAGAAGAUGCUGCAGGCCACCGAGGACAAGCGCAAGGAGAAGAGACGGCAGAAGGGCUGUCCGGCCCACCCUGACAGGCCCCACUCCAGACAGGCCCCACCCAGGAGCCCCCUGUCCAUCUCUGAGCAGCAGAGGCAGGUUGAGGACCCGGGAAGAGAAGUGAAGAAGGUGCGCAAGGCUCGUAACCGACGCCAGGAGUGGAACGUCCUCGCCUAUGACAAGGAGUUCAGACCGGACGCCAGGCUCACCCCCUCCCCUUACCAUGGCAUGUCCUCAGAAGGCUCCCUGUCCCCUGACAGCAGGUCAAUGGCAUCUGACUCCUACCCAGCCAGUCCAAACCACCCCUCCACCCAGGCCCCCAGCGCCAUCCACACCUCCGACCACCACGCCAGGGAACACCUCAGUGCGGCGGCCCAGACUCAGUCACUCGAUCGGGGCCUCAGGCCGGCCACCCAGCCUUCUGGAGGGCCCGCGGCAACAGGGCGCCAUGUGUCGUCCCUGGGCAGGACCCCAUCAGCACACGGGGUCCAGGGUGGAGGAGAUCCAACGGUUAACGGGCCGAGGCAGCAGUCGGUUAAGGAAUACCGAGCCGGGCACAGUGGCCAGCCCUCCACCAUCCCAGAGUACUAUAUCCCACCCGCCCCUCCCCCUCCUCCCCCAACCAUCCCCUCCGCCCAGACCGCCUUCGACUCCACCACAGCCCCACCGUCAGCCUCUGCUGUGCCCCCCACCUCCUCUGCCUUGUCUCGUCCCUACUCCCCCUCCCCUCCUCCUCCCCCAGCCAACUACGUGCCCUCCCCCGCCCACCCCCCAUCAGGUGCACCCCCUGCCGCUCCGCCACCCCCUCCGCCUGGAGCCCCUUCAGGCCUCCAAGCGCACCCAUCACCGCCGCACGCCGCCAUCGGCCAGUCGGCUGUGGAUGCGGCACCCGUGGCGAGAAAGUCCACCAUGUUGGGGAUGAUCCCGAUGAGCGACGCCCGCUCCGACCUGCUGGCCGCCAUACGUAGAGGUAUCCAGCUGAGGAAGGUGCAGGAGCAAAGGGAGCAGGAAGCGAAGAGGGAGCCGGUCGGCAACGACGUGGCCACCAUCCUGUCACGCCGUAUCGCUGUGGAGUACAGCGAGUCCGACGACGACUCCGAGCUCGACGAGAACGAGUGGUCCGACUAAAAAAUGCGAAAUUGUUAAAAAGAUUGCGAAAGAGACGGGGGCCCGGUGGGUGGUGGCAUCGGGGAAUAGGAGGAGGAGAAAAUCACAGAGAGUCUGAGGUGGAAAUCAUGGGGCUCGGUUAAUUUUAACGUUCAUCAGUGAAAGUAUUAACCUUUACGCACAUUCACACACACACACUUACAUCCCUCCUGUUGCAGCCCAUGUCGACAUUCACCGCUUCUGCAGCAACAGGUUGGUAUUUUCAGUUUGCUCGGUUGCCCCUGACGACGCCUAUUCUUGAACUAAAACCCCCGAGGUUUGUGUGUGUUACCACCCAGGGCCUAUGACAUGAUAAACACACACAUUCACACCAUUUCAACACCCUCCCGCCCCCGUCUGCUCAUUUUUAACCACUAACACUCAGCUGUGAAAAACAAACACGCCAACUUCUCUCUCCCUCCAUAUUUGAGUGGUAAUUAUUAGCAAUGUUACAGGCUCUCAAGCUGUAGGUAGGUGGGGCCCCCUGUGAGUACGGGGGUAAUGUGUUUACAAACACAUGGUAGAGCACAAAAAAUAGCAAUUAUAGUGCAAUCGUAAUUUAAAUGCCAAAUGUUAUGAAAGGAUUUAUGAAAACAAGUCAGGGAAAAAAAUAGUUCUUUAGGGGAUUGCUUUGCCUCGCCGGGAUGUGCCUGUUAGCGAAACACGUGCACCCUCCUUGAGAGAUUACAUCAUCGUUGUGAGAGUUUGGCACAUCGGUCUCCUUGAACCAAAGCCAGACACCAGAAUCAGCACCAAUUGGUCCGUUUGCAAUGAGCUGUGGUUGGUGUGCAGCAUGUUGGCCGACUGUCGCUGCGUUGUUACGCAGCUUGAUUUAAUGUCUCAACAGUUUACGGUGGACUUGACUGAUUUAGUUUCUGCUUACAGAAAUAAAUUUACAAUACGACGCGGG